CUCUCCCUCCCACUUCCUCUCUCUCUCUCUCUCUCUCUCUCUCUCUCUCUCUCUUCUCUUCUCUGAGUCUGCAUGACCUAUUCACCUAAAUUGCCGUCGAUUGAACUUGGUGAAAUUUGAUGCGAUUUGUUUGUUUGGUUGAAAAUUUUGGGGAAAGGGCGAGAGCAGGGUUUCGAAAUUAGCGUUCUAAGGCUUUUAGUUUUAAAUUUUUUUAUUGUUUGGAUUUGUGCGCUGUGCUCUAUUUGGCGUUACUUUGGGAAUUGGUUUUUGGGGGUUUCUUAUUUAGAACAAUUCAUAAAGCGUCUACUUCCAGGAAAAGACAACCGAAGGGGAAAAUGGCUUCUUUUUGAGAUUACUUGUUCUUCUUUCUAAUCUUCAUUCGGUGUAAAUCUGGUUCAUUUGAUAAAAAGGAGAUUUUGUUAGUAUCUCAUUAGGAUUCAAGGAGAAAGCUUUGAUUAUUCUAGUAAUUUUUAUUAUUGUCUUCCUUGCCUGAUAGUUUCAAUCCGAGGUCCCCUGUUGUGAAAAAAAAUUGAUUCUGUCAUCGGAAACACCUUAUAUUGAUAUGUCUGUUGCUUUUAACCGUCUUUCGUAUUGGUUAUGGGGUACAAAGGAACACGAAAGUACUAAUUCAGCUUUGAAUUCAGCCUCUGAUUCCCCUUCAGGCGGGUUCCUCGAGCCCGAUUCCAUCAAAUUUCAAACGGUGAAUGGCGGUAGGAUGAGUUCAUCCUCAAGAAGAUUUAGCAGGAGGUGGGAGAGCAGGGAGGAGAGGAGGGUGGGGAUUGAUAGAGAGUAUGAUGCUGUCAUUGUUCCCUGUGAUGGAGGAUGCUUGUCAGGAUCCGAGUCCGAUGAUUCAGAUUGGUCUAUCGGAUGGAUGGAACCUCAUUCAUCCGAUUUCCUGAGCGAAGCAGACGAGGAUGAGAGCAGUUUUGCUGUUCUUGUUCCAUGCUAUGGACGCGGCCGCUGCUUCAACACUGAAAUUCCGAACAGCCAUGUCUUGGGAGCUGUUGCUGAAUUCAAUGGGUUUUCAUCUGAGGGGAUUGAGUACAUUCAAAGGUGGCUUUCUUCAGAUUAGGCAUUUGAUUGUCCUCAACUCAUCCUGGGCUUGUUCUACUGAGAUGCUUCCCCUUUCAUCUUAUCGAACUUCCAUGAUAUCAUAUAAAGACUUACUUACCAAAUAGAAAAAAGAAAAAAAGAAUAGGCAAGCCAUGUUUGGAAAUGAAGAUUGGAGUGCAUUGGAUUGACCAAGGAUCAUCCAUCCUGGUGUUGAUAAUCAAAUACUUCGCUGCAAGACACAAAAUGCUGAGUAAUUAAGGAACUAUAAUCAGGACCUCCUGCGAAGCUCCGGUUCCUCUUUUUACUUCUUUUUAUGAUUCUAUAAAACCUGUAUAUAUAGCCUAUAUAUAUGGGCAAUUCUUAUGUAAAUAUCAUUGUACAUACAACUAUCAUCUUCCUAAAUUUUGCUGUAAAUAUCUCCAGUCUUUGAAAGGUCUGGUAUCUCCUGAACUUGCUAGCACUGUUGUACAUAAAUGAUUUGCCAACUAAGUGAAUGAAUUGCGAUUAUUAUAAAGGAUGAUUCAUAUUAUUAAA